AUCAGGCCUGUGAUGAUGGUGGAGCGGUGAGGAAGAUGAGGGCGAACCUUCAUCAGCUGAUGUUCGGAUCCACAGAGGAAACACCUGGAAACACCUGGAAACGCCUGGAAACGCUGCUGCAGGCUGGAGAGCUGGAGGGGAGAUGUAAUGUCAGGAAGCUUCCAGAAGGUGGCAGAGUUCUGAUUGAGCGCUGAUCGUCCCGCCGUCAUGAAUUCGUUGAGGCGAGGAUUCGCCAACCUGCAGACGCUGAUGGACAGCCGCGCGUCGCGCAGCGAGCAAAACAACAACCUGGAAACUCCUGCAGCUGACCGUGGCGCCCCGACUGGCGCUAACUCGUCUCAGCAGCUCCUUCAUGUUGAGUGUCAAGUUGCGGUUGCCGUGACAACCAAAGUCAAAAUACACGUUUCUACAGUCGACCCCUAUGAUGUCAGGAAGCUCUGCAGCACUCAGAUAGUCAAGAGGUCAGAGGACGGCGAGUAUCGAGCGUCGGUUUGCUGCAGCAUCGACUCCAAGCUGCAGCGUCACAGCAGGAUGGAAGUCAGACUUUACAGAGAGGAUGAUUUAAGGUCACACUCCUCAAAAAGCUGUUUGGGUUUCACAUCGUUCUCCAUCAGAGAUCUCCUCCGAUCCAAAGAGCCUCGCUGCUCCCUGAAGCUCAGGACGAUGGACGGCGUGAACGAGGUCGGGGACGUGACGGUUUCCCGCCUGCAGCUGGAGGAAGAGACGGAGGAUAAAUGUCCAGAAAACAAGAGCGCCGUGUUGUGUGACGCGCUGCACGGCUCCGUCCAGGACAAAGAAAACAGUCCGAUGAUGCGAGCAGCCUUGUGCUCCCAGGUGUGUAAGCUGUACCGGUUUCAGACGGAGGAUCACAGGUGGCUGCUGGUCCGGGAGCAGAUGUCAGAGACGCCGCUGUCCUUCUCCUUACCCAAACAGCUGCUGAGCGCGCUCAUCAGGGAGCACACUGACAGGGUCGCGGAGGUCAAGGCGCUCGGUGACCUUUCACCUCACUGGGACGGCCUCCGCCACGACGCCGUCGCCCACUCCCUCCAGCUGAUCGGCUGCUACCAACAAACGCAGGCGGAGCUGCACCACCUCUCCACGGCGUCCUGCUUCAAGGCGAGCAGCAGCAAAUCGGACCGACACCUGCAGUUCAUCCCCACCAACCUGCACAGCCAGAGGAUGGAGGUGACCGGCCCCGGCAGCUCAGGUGUUUGGUACGAGGUCGUCACGUUCGGAGCGCCGGCCGAUCACCACCAGGCCUUCAAACAUGGAGGACUGAAGCGGCUGCUCAUCAAGCACACAGACCACACACACAGCUCGGCGCCGUUUUCCCGUGACGAGUCGUGCAGAGCGAAGCGGCUGCUGGCCGCCGCGGCACAGCUGCAGCCUCUGGUCUUCGGCCUGGCGGAGCAGCUGCUCUCCGUCUCCAUGGAGGCCGACCCGAACCGCCUGCAGGACGUCCUGGACGACCUCAGGGAGCAGACGUCGCUGUUCAUUCAGGCGCUGAACGACGAUCUGGUGAAAGUCGCCCUGCAGGACAUGAACAGCCGGGCCGGCAGCGGCAGCAGCCACCUGCACGGCAACGGGUUGCUAUGUGAGGUAUCCCCCGGCGACCAGGAGGGGGCGCCGCAGGACGACACGCAGAACAGAGAGGAGGAGUGGGACAGAACGUGGGUGAACGUCGGUAAGAGUCUGGACUGCAUCACGGCCAUGGUGGAGCGGCUGCAGGAGCGACAGCGCCACCUGCAGGAGCAGCCGUCGCCGGAGCAACAAGAGUCCACAGGGGAGACAAAGUCCCAACACACAGCCUCUCCUUCCUCCUUCUCCUCCUCCUCCUCCUGGCAGGAGCAGCUGCUCCCCCUGGUGGUGACGCUUAGAGACUGCGUGCGGGAGGCGGUAACCAUGGCCCGAGCUGCCAUGACCUUUGUUGUCCUGCAGGGGGCGGUGGCUGCGACUGUCGCUCGGGGUCCAACGCAGAUCGUCCAGCGGCGCCACGCUGUCUUCAGCCAGGGGCUCUCAGCGAUUGUUUGUGGAUUUAUGCUGAAACUGUUUGGAGGUUUGGAGGAUCCAGAGUUUCUGCAGCAGCUUCUCUCCGUGGGGAUCCUGGCCCAGUUUGAAGGCCUGCUCAGCACCUACGGUGAGGAGUUGGGGAUGCUGGAGGACAUGGAGGUGGGCGUGGCCGACCUGAGCAGCCUGGCGUUCGCCAUCACCGAGGCCCAAUCCGAGCGACCCGACGACCUGCAGCCGACGCUCACAGGGGCCUGGGGCGAUUUCGUGGUCGAGGUGCCGCUUCCCUCUGAAAGCUUCGGGUCGCUCCCCGAGGAGCUGAAGGCCGGCCGUUUGAUCCGAGUCGAGCCGGUUCUGUUCAAUAUCGGGAUCAACCAGCACCAGAGUCUGGCUGAGAGGUUUGGAGACAGUUCUCUUCAGGAAAGAGUGAAUCAGCAGAGCUGUGAGCGUCUCAGAGCUUAUUGCAACAAGCUGAGAGAAAAACUUCCUAACAUGGCUGGUAUCCAGUCACUAUUGGACCUGCUGUCGUCUCUUGAUCGCAGUAUAGAGGCCAAGAAGAGGAAAAACGUCGAGGUUUUGUGGCUCGCAGCUUCAGUGUGUCGUAAAGUAAACGGCGUGCGGCUGACGAGCUGUAAGAGUGCGAAGGAUCGCACGGCGAUGUCUGUGACGCUGGAGCAGUGUAUGAUCCUCAGAGAGCAACACACACUCAGCCAGCAGCAGUUCAGCUCUGCGCUGGACAACAUGAGGAGGUCUCGUCUGUCCUGGGGGCAGAUGCUGGGCUGCUAUGCCCACUCCGGGUUCUCUGUCUCUGGGUUUGACCCGGCAGAAUGUCCCUCCGGCCUCCAGAGCCCCUGGAUUCAGAUGUGUUUUCACUCCAGAAGACAUUUUUACCCAGUGGCCUUCCUCCUGGUGACCUCUCACCUGCUGGUUCUCUGGCUCAUAUUCAGCUUGGUGAUCCUGCUGGCAAAAUACCAAUAAACAAGACUGGGAGCACUGGGAGGCAGGGAUUAUAAUGUUGUUCCAGAGACGGCUGCAGGACGGAGAACGUCCAGAAGAACAUCGGCACCAGGAAGUUCGCCUUCAGCAGCGUUCAGCUCCUCACUUUCCCCAAACUCUACAGACCUCCAGACGGCAG